GAUGCCAGGCAACACGGGGCUUCCUCCUGCCAAGAACAGGGCUCAGUCCUGACCACGGAGGCUGGCCGGUCAGAUCUGCUGAGGUAGGCCCAGACCUCCGAGGUGCCCGAGUCAGAACAAACAAAACAGCUGGGAAAACACAUCACACAAGACUCUGAAGGAAACCAACAGGAGGCAGUGAGAGAGGGUGCUGUGGGGGUUCUCGUCUGAGGCCCCUGAACAGAAGGGAACCUGGAUUUAUGAGGCGUGGGAGGAGGGAGAGAGACGGAGACAGAGCAUCCACCGGUGGUCCCGAGCUGACCUGCCUGAAAAGUACAGGACUGAAAACAGAGACAGAACUUGGAGUUUGUCCCAAAAAACAUCUAGGAAAUUCAGUGUCCUCACGGGGAGCAUCUCCGAGUGGGGGGAGGGGGUGGGUUUCCCUGCCCCCGGGCUGGCCCGGUGCCGUGUCGGCAGGUGGACUCUGGCCUCUGCACCACCGCCAGGUCGGGAUGGCCACGCGCACCCCGGUCCUGCUGCUGCUCCUGCUGCUUGCGCUCCUGGCCCCACAUCGCGCCCAGCCCACAGGCGGCCGCGUGCGAGGAGCCUGGGGCCCACGUCUUCUGGAGCAGGAAGCAGAGCUCCUCCCCAGUAUGAGCGUGUUUCUUCCCGCCUCAAAAGCAAGUGAAGUUCUGGUGAGAUGGAAGCGGGCUGGCUCCUACCUUCUGGAAGAGCUCUUCCAGGGAAAUUUAGAAAAAGAGUGUUAUGAAGAAAUCUGUGUCUAUGAAGAAGCCAGAGAAGUGUUUGAAAACGAUGCCCCCACUGCCGAGUUCUGGAAGACGUACAUGGGUGGCUCCCCGUGCAUCUCCCAGCCCUGCCUCAACAAUGGGUCCUGCCAGGACAGCAUCCGCAGCUACACCUGCACCUGCGCCCCGGGCUACGAGGGCCGUGACUGCGCCUUCUCUAAAAAUGGGUGUCACCCCUCGAGGACCGACGGGUGUCAGCACUUCUGCCACCCGGGACCAGAGUCCUACACGUGCAGCUGUGCGGAGGGGCACACGCUGGGCCCAGACCACAAAUCCUGCCUCCCACACGAGAGCUGUGCAUGCGGGACCCUCACGCCGCAGAGAAGCAAGCAGGAGCUUCAGGUGUUCCCGUGGCAGGUGAAACUAGCAAAUUCCGAAGGGAAAGACUUCUGUGGCGGUGUCAUCAUACAGGAAAACGUGGUGCUGACGACAGCAGGGUGUUCGCUGCGGUACAGAAACAUCAGUGUGAGAGCAACUCCCACGCUAGUGAGGUCAUGUAGAAAGUCAGAAGCAGACGUGAAACACCUAGACGUCUGCACACAGCAAGCAGACAGACCCCAGUGCUGAGUCCGAGGAGGAGG